CCGCCGCCGACGGUCACCGCGUCGGCUGCGACGAGACGACGGCACGUGGCGCUCAGAUCCGCGUCGGCACGUGCCGCGCUCGUGCGAUCGGCGGCGGCACGUGUGCAGGUGCCGCGGGGCAGGCAGGGUGCCGCCACGGACCAACACUUGUCGGACUAUCUGGUGUCGUCAUGGCAACGGAGCCAGGUGUGGCAGCGGGCGAGAGGCGACGCGUCGAGACCGACGGCUUUUCACAGUGGUGGCCGCGCCGGCGACGGGAGUGAUAAGCGCCACGGAUUUAACGUAUCGUGGACGGCACGUGACACGGACGGCACGGGUGACGAGUGACACGGAUCACGGACGAUAGGAACGUCACGGAACUGGACAGUGCGAGUGGUACAGACUGUUCUGGAGUUACGAAGUGGUACUGGAAAAGAUAGAGGAUACUUCAGAUUGUGGACAGGAUACAUUCAGAAAGGUGCAAUGGCGAAGAGAAAGAGGCCCUCUCGGGCGUCACGGAAGAGAACCAUAAUCUCGCCUGUGCCGAAAGAGGUUGCUACUGAUGGCGACACGCAACCCAUUCGUGGUGAGGUCGCUGCCCAAGAUUCUGUGCUGGUAACUGAUAGUGAUAAAGCGAUAAACAUGACUCAGGAGGAUGACAUUAAAAGGAAGGUAGAAGAUAAACCUAAAGCCCCUGUCACUUCAUACGAAGGUGCACAGUUUUAUGACGUUGAAAUGGUGACUCCUUCAGAUAGUUCUCUCCAAAUUGUCCCAGAUGCAAGCAAAGAUGCUCUUGCCGACCACACUAACAAUGCCACGCCCGAAUGCAACUCAGAAGAACCAGCACUGACAAGAGAACAAAUUCAAAAAGACGUGGCACGAAUGGAAUCCGAGCCCAGUGGAAACGACUCUGCUUCAAACAAAGCUUUGUCCCAAGCGGCUGAAGAAGAUACUCCGAAAACAGACUCACUGGAAAAGGACUGCACUACCGUGAGUGAGCCCGAGAAGAGUGCUGUGGCUGCCGCUGACCAGGCUCAAAAGCAGCCUGAGGCGAGAUCGAAACCCCCGCCGGAGGACGCCUCGACUCAGACGGAUGACAUUCCCGGCCUUCUGUUUUACCGUCCCCUGAACAGCACCCAGCAGACAGCAGGGACCCAGCAUCGAGGAUCAGGAUCAACUCAGGACCAGGCAGUGACGUCAUCGGACCAGUCCGGCGGAAAAGAGUAUACCAGCUCUAUCCUGGCUCAGGUGCAGGCGGCUGGGAGACAAGUGGAUCCCGCCACGCUGGCCAGCCUACAGCAGGACGCUCGCAGGACUCUGCUCAACAUCCAGGGCCCGGACCGUGACGCCGUCGUCCCCCCAGCCCGCCCCAAGAGGCCCUCCUCGGUCGGCGCUGAUGGUGAUGCUGCGUCCCCGGAGACCAAGCGUCGUGCUGUCGGCUCCGUCCCCGCCCUGGCUGUGCCCAACUGGACGUCAGUCGGCGCCACCGCCAGCCUCCUCCGGGUGCGCGAGUCCCUGGAGCAGCGCGGCGACGACAGGAUGUCAGCGAGAGAGCUCGGCUCACCGUCCCCAGAUGGGUCCAUCGGUCACAGGCGCGAGGUCAAUGAUGUUCUCAGCGAGCCCCUGCGCGGCAUUCGCUACCCGAACGGCAUGGUGGUUCCGCAGCCACUGCCGCCGCCGCGCCGUUCCUCGCCGACCCGAGCCGACCGCGCCUCGGUCAGCCCGCCGGUGAAGCAGAGCUCGCCUCGUGUGCGCACCGCCGAAGAGUACGUGACUCUGGAUGACGACGAGGACCCGAUGGCAGAUGCAAUUCGUCUGAUGAAAGCCAAGGGAGAGUUCCCCUGUCGGCUGUGUAAUCAGAUCUUCAGGAACCUACGUGGCAUGAAGGGGCACGUGAGAGACCACUUCGAGAAGAAGCCGCCGUACCACUGCAAUGUGUGUACGCUGUUCUACCCUGACAAGGCGGCGCUGGGAAGGCACAUGAAAAUCCACACAGGAGAGCGACCGUAUGAGUGCCGUCGCUGCAACUUUGCCUUCACAACAAAGGCCAACUGCGAGAGGCACAUGAAGAACCGCCACAAGCUGACGCGGGAGGAGCUCGCUGACAACAUGAACGUGCUGCCCAGUGACACCCGUCCCAAGACGAGGUCUACGCCGCCGCCGAUGCAGAGGGCGAUCCUGCCUCUCGGCACUGACCUGACCGUCUGCACCGUGUGCGACGCCAGCUUCGGUGAGUACACGCCGGCCGUGCAGCACGUCAAGAAGUUCCACCCGACCAAAGACCCAGCGCUGGUGCUGAACGCCCGCGGCGCAGCCCGCAGCGCCGUGCCCAGUCCCGGAGAGCCCACCCAGCGGCCUCCGCUACCACUGUCGCUGCCGCCGCUGCUGCCGCUGCCGGUCAGCCUGCCCGAGCGUCCACUGUCGACUCAGUCGCGCUCGUCCACCCCGCACUCCGUGCAGAGGCCGGUGGACUCGCCUGCUCCGGCCGCCGAAGAUGACGACUCAGCGCCGCUGGACCUCAGCCGGAAGUCGGAGAGACCCCAGGCGGCGCCGGAGCUGCCGCAGCUCUCACCCGCUGAGGAGGCGCUGCGCUCGGCUGCGCUCAUGCAGAUGCCGUACUGCAUGCCGUUCCCGAUGCCGUUCUUCAUGCCAAGCAUGCAGAUGAUGAACAGGCAGAUGGAAGAGAUGCUGGCGCAGACGCGUAACGCCGGGCUGAGCUCGGGUGGCGGCAUCCUCACGGCGGCACAGAUGCAGGCUGCGCUUCAGUCGGCGUUCGGCGUCGGCGCCCUGGGUCAGGUGCCACCGGCACCGGCGGCCGAGGAGGACCGCGACACGGAGGAUGAGAAUGCGCUGAACCUGACCGGCACAUCCAGCGCCCCGAGCACCCCCGGCGCGCUAGACGAUCCGCGCAAAAAGCAGAAGCAGCGCCGCUACCGCACCGUGAGGCCCUACCAGUGCGUGCACUGCGACGCUCGCUUCACACUCAGCACCAACAUGGAUCGGCACGUGAAGAACACCCACCCGGACAAGUGGGAGCCGAAGGCGCGCGGUGUGCGCCGCUCGGCCACCGCGGUCAGCCCGAUGGCGUCUCCGGCCGAGCCCCCCUCGGCGAGCGAGCCCGGUCCCUCUGGCGGCGCGGCGGCCACCGUCGUCUGCGUCGAAUCCGACGACGACGGCGGCCUGGUGAUCGACGAGCCGUCUCGCGACGAGACUGACCUCGCCAGCGUCGACCGACUGGUGGUCAGCGCGCAGGCGCAGACCUGUCAGCAGUACUUCCGUCGGGACGAGGAGCGCACGUCGGAGGUCGGUUCGGAACGCGGCGCUUCGGCGAGCCCUGUCGGCGACGAGGACUCGGAUCGUGCCGAGAAGCGGCGCAGCGCCUACUCCAACGCCCCGAACAAGAUCCCGUGUCGCUUCUGCGACCGCGUGUUCCCCUGGAGCAGCUCGCUGAAGCGCCACGAGCUGACCCACAGCGGUGAGAAGCCGUACAGCUGCCCGCACUGCCCGGUCCACUUCACCACAAAGUCCAACUGUGACCGACACCUGGUGCGCAAACACAGCGGCGGCAGCAGCGGCGACGACUCGGCUAACGCGCCGCGGCCCGUGGAGCGGCCCUUCAAGUGCACGCUCUGCCCGAGCUCAACGUUCUCGACGCAGGAGAACCUGUCGCGCCACCACGCCGAAAAGCACGUGCCGGGAGCCGCCGGGCCCUCCACGCACCAGUUCUGGUGUCACGUCUGCGACCGGCGGUUCUUUGACCUGGAGCGGGCGAGGGAUCACCUGGAGGCUGAGCAUGAGCAGAGCUGGGCUCAGCUGGAGAGGAGCAACAGUCGCUGGGUGUCGCAGAUCGCGGAGGAGGACCAGGGCCAGGACCAGAUUUUCUGCCUGGUGUGCCUGCAUGGCUUCGCUGACACCGGAGAGCUGCGGCAGCACCUGGUCUCCGAGCACCAGUCGGAGGACGCUGGAGACGCCGAGGGCCCUCACGCUGCCGACCUGGGCUCGACGAGUCCUCCGCCGCCGGCGCGUGCUCAGUGCCCCGGCCGCAAGAGGCCCACCCUGGAGGACAUCAGCGCCAGGCUGCUGGCAGGGUCGCGGCUGCGCGCUGCCGGCAGCCCGCCGGCCGAGGAGGUCAGCAACGACAAGGAGAUGCCGGACGCGGUGAUGGAAACCGACGACUGCGGCAGGUCGGCGGAAGGUGAUGGGGAGGGCGCAUCGGCCGCGGCUCAGGAGUGUGAGGCGUGAAGGCGACUGGCAAACGACAGGCACGCUGCUGCUCAAAGACAGGGAAGGUGCCCUUAGAGGGGUCGGCCGCUCGGCAUCGGCAGCAAACUGUUCGGAAUGUGCUAGCUGCGUGGGUGAUUUGCUGCACUCUAACCCGAGCUGCUGCUAUGCAAUGGCUAAGACAAUAGGGCAUCUGGUUGUGGACAAGAUGUAUUUUGACCAUCGAACGAACUGUGUUACUCUCGCGCUUGGGCAAGCGGCUCAAAAAAGCAUCGACGAAUGGCUUGUGUGGUCUGCUUUUUCAGAUAUUUGUUCACUUUGGUGUGGUGUGUCCACUUAACCGAUUCGAUUCGACUUAGGAUUCAUAAUAAGAAAAUGUUUCAAUGAUCUCGGAACGCCUUUGCUGUCCCUGGUCACAAAGCGACUACCAGGACAGCAGUGCAAUCCUGUGAGAUGUAUUAUUAGCCCCGUUCGGUGGAUUUGUGUAACUGGAGUUCGAAUAGCCUGACUAGUGUAUGGCUGCAUCUGGGCUAACCAGUGCGGCCCGCUUCUUGUGUGCAUUGUUAUUCUCGGCUGACAAUGCAACAUUUGAUUCAUGAAGGUGUUCAUGUGCCGAUCGGGUAUGUCGUUUUGUCCCACGCUUGCGCUUGAUGUCAUGUCGGCACCAGAAGUGAUGUUUCCGUUUCACUGGAGAGGCGUCGUUUGCGUUCUGAUCUCGUGCGUUUGCGGUCACACUGCGCUCUCCUCUAAGUGGCUUUGUGAGGUCCACCAGCGACCAACACGCCCUGAGCAAAGAUCGGGCAAUCGGCGAGAGCCGUUGUUUCUCUAGGCUGCAUUCCGUUUUAGGGUACAAUGUUGUUCUGUUUGGCACCGUCCGCCUCGUUCCUCGGGCCUGCACAUGUGGCAUUCCCAGUAUGCAUUCCAAGAGGCCUUCAGAGACGAGUGCACCGGCCCGUUUGCUGGCCGAUUGCCGCUCCGGGUGCGACAGGGACGCCCCCUGUACCAGGCGCUGGCGCACAACUCCAUGCGCGCUCCACCUACGUUCCGUGUGUACCAAAGAGUGAGAUGUUCGUGUUUAGCACCGCUUUCACAACCGCUGGCGCCUUCUGAGGCUGUUGAACUUGUUAGUGUUGUUAGACACGAGUAGAGCAACGAUUGCUAAUACGGCGAAUGCAUCCGGUCAUAUCCCCUUACUUUUGCCCUCUGUGUAUUUCACUCAUUGUAAGGGCUCUUCAGGCCCUAGGAACACUGACUCAUCUUUGCUCCUAGUUGGAUUGCUCCUUUUGUGAAUAUUCUUUCUCAAAUGUCUCGCUUACUUCCUAAGUGUCUGAGGCUUUCAGUGCCGUAUCUUUUUUGGAGCGUUCGUCGCUUGCAGGCGACAGUAGCAGCCUCAUGUGUAAAUAACUUAUCGGUCAUGUGCUUGUCCGCUUUGUUGCUUGACUUUGGGUGCCAUGCGCCUGGUCUUCACCAACCGCUCGUGUUUGUGACUGGCAGACGUUCUUGUGCAGUUCUUGCCGUCUGUGCCGAUAUCCCAAAGACUUAUGUGGGACCUUUGUGCAUUACACCGCUGCGUUUGAAGCUGCCCUGCAUUUGCAUUCUAGAUUAGACGUGCAUCACUCCGGUGAGUGAGUUGUGAGUGUGAGUUCGAGUGAGUUUUGACGUUAUGAUCGCUCAGCAUUAUAUUGUUCGAUUUGUGCAUUGCCGUCCAUUGAUAAUAAAUCACACGAAACCAA